AUGCUUGUAAACCUUGCGAAACCCGACCAAUUCGUUCGUCCCACAAACAGAGUGCGAGAAUGGUCACGAACGGCUAGUCCCAGCAAUGGAGAUUAUUGCGUCAAACGCAGGGAGCGCCAUUUGGGCUCGGAACCACAUAAGCAGAGAACUCUGUCGGUUGAUUGGAUUCCUCCAUCCGAUUCAAAACAAAACCGACUAUCUAAUGGUAUAUUCUGUGAGUCUUUGAGUCAUCCCAAGUCCAGCCGACUAAUAAGCCACAGUUGUACGGAUAUCCCUGUUUUGUGGAAGGGGCGAUGCCUGUCAUCCAAACAAUUUGCUGACAAAAGCGAACUCUAUGGUUCUAGUCAGCCGGAAAGUCAAAGCUCAGCAAGCUGUUCUAUUGGUGCCGACCAUGACAGACCCGUAACCAAACAACGGCUGCCCAGGAUCGUUAAUGCAGUUCAAAAUUUAGACAAUCUUCAACAUAAUACGAUUCCUGUCUGUGUUGAAACGGAAAGUUUGAGACAAUUCUAUGAGUCUCGAUUUACAAGAGUUCUUGUGUCACCUGUUCCUGUCAGUCUGUACACUAAGCAGACUGAAUCUGGUUUAGGUGUGAGUACAGACCAUGCAGAAUGGAUUUGUGUAAAGCUCGGCUUGCUCACUUAUCUUAUUUGUCACGAUCCAGUGAAACCGUCGGCUGUCAAGGCAGUAGACGUGCAGUUGUGUGACCCUUUCACCUAUGCAUCCAUUUGGAUUGGUACGAUUGAUCUGUCUAGGUUUCCCGACCGCAAGCCCUUAACACACCAAACGGCACCAAACUUUGGGCAACAUGCUGCAACCUUGUACGAUGUAACGCAGUUUCAUUCGCAAAUGGUCGAGCAUACCUUUGUGUGUAAAGUCGUCAGGGAGAGAACACUGAUGCACAUACGAAAAAACAAGGUCUGGAUGAAAAACAAAUAUCUGUCAUCGGAUCUAACGGACUAUCAAGUGCACAAACUACGAUUUCAGAUUUCACGGAACCAAAUCGCCACGAAACGAUUGGUGGAUAAUCUUGGAUCCAAAGUACAGCAGUGUUUGGCGAAGGCGAUGAGACGCAAAGCAAAUUUACAAGAACAAAACAUACUACUCGCAUGCCUCCCCAUCAGUAGUAUCACCGUUACACCUGUAAGAGCAAACGUAACGCUUAAAGCCCUUUUUCGCACCUCGAAGCUGGACACGGAAAGAGAGUGUCUUGCUCCUCUAACUCCUCGGUCGGAGCUUCCUGGGAGGAACACGCUAGUUCCUCGGGCUCAUCUGAUGGACCCAGAAGCAACUGAUCAGUCUUCACGAUUGUAUCCGGACCAAUCUGACUUGGGGUUGGAGGUAGAACGUCUUCCGCGACAGUGA